AUGACGGCCGUGGGAAUUGGCAUACUGACGGUGAUCCUGGGAGUUUUACUGCUCGUUGGCUGCUGGUAUUGCAGAAGAAGAAAUGGAUACAGAACCUUGACGGACAAAAGCCUUCAUGUUGGUCUUCAAAGGACCGUAACAAGAACGGUCCCACACGAACAGCCUGGACGUCAGGACAGCAACCUGGUCUUUCAAGAGAAAAAUUGUGAAAUUCUGGUUCCCAACGCUCCACCUGCCUAUGAGAAAGCCUCUACAGAACAGUCACCACCACCUUACUCACCCUAAGACCCAGCAAGGCACCUGCAAAAUGCUGAAAUGAUUUCCCUAAUACUUUUGCUUGACGUUAAUUAUAAACAUCUUUUGCUUUGGAAUGCUGUAAGAGCAACCCACACUUCUAAUCAUUGGCCAAUACUAAAUUUCUAACUAAAGCAACUAACAGAACUAAUCAAGUAAGGAAAUUAUGUUAACACGGUCAAUAAACAUUGCAACAAAU